AUGGAGGAUGGAAUUGCCAGGCAUUAUGCAGGAUAUACUCCAUCUGUGUGGGGCGAUUACUUCAUUAAAAACCAAGCUCCAAUCUCUUCCACUACUCAGAAAACGGAGGAAUGGAUGAGAGAGAGGGUGGAAGAAUUGGUGAGAGAAGUUAAGAAUUUGCUUGAUAACACUUACGAGGAUGAACUGCAAAGCCUUGAGCUGAUAGAUUCUCUUCAACGCCUUGGCGUAGGCUAUCACUUUGAAGAGGAAAUUGAUAAAAGGCUGAGAAAAAUUCAUCAUCAUAAUGGAAAAAUCGAAGGAAAUGAUCUGCUAGCUGUUGCUCUAAAAUUUAGACUGUUGAGACAGCAUGGCUAUAACGUUACAUCUGAUGUGUUUACUAAAUAUAAAGACGAUGAAGGGAGGUUUAAGAGCAUCUUGGCUAAUAACGUCCGAGGCCUACUUAGCUUAUAUGAAGCUUGUUUUUUAUCUACUCAUGAGGAUGAUAUAUUAGAUGAAGCCCUAAACUUUACAAAGCCCCAUCUUCAAAGUCUAUCAAAGGAUGACCAGCUUGACUCAGCCUUAAAGACACUAAUAUCACAUGCAUUGGAGUUACCUUUGCAUAGGAGAAUCCCAAGGUUAGGAGCAAGAUAUUAUAUGAGAGUUUAUGAGCAAGACAAGGAGAACAAAAAUGAUAUUGUCCUAGAGCUUGCAAAGCUGGAUUUUAAUCUUCUUCAGUUACUCCAUCAUGAAGAAGCCAAGAGCCUCUCUAUAUGGUGGGAAGAGAUUGUUCAUGAUGCAAAAUUCAGUUUCUCGAGAGAUAGAAUAGUGGAAUGUUAUUUCUGGAUUCUCACAGCAUACUUUGAACCACAAUACUCAAUGGCAAGAAAAAUAGCGACAAAGGUGAUUGCACUAUGUUCAAUCACAGAUGAUAUAUAUGAUGCUUAUGGAACUUCAGAUGAGCUCCAAUCCUUUACUGAUGUGAUCAUGAGCUGGGAUGAGGAAGCAGCUCAACAACUGAAAGAAUAUUUGAAAGUUCAUUUUCAUAAUUUUACUAAAACUUUACAGGAUUUCAACAACGAGUUAAGCAGCCAUGGAAAAUCUUAUCGCGUAAAAUACCUCAAAGAAAUAUUAAAAGUGGUAAUAAAAGCUUGGAACGAGGAAGUAAAAUGGAGAGAAGAAGGAUACAUUCCUGCACUUAAAGAACACCUGGAAGUGACGACAGUGACUACCUGCUACAAUUUGUUAGCAUGUGCAACUUUUGUAGGAAUGGGUGAUGUGGCAACAAAGGAAGUGUUUGAUUGGGUGUCAACAUUCCCAAAGUUUACCCAUCAAGCAUCGCUGAUAUGUCGCAUGAGAGAUGAUGUUGUAUCCCACGAGUUCGAACAGAAGAGAAACCAUGUUGCUUCUACAGUACAAUGUUACAUGAAAGAGCAUUGUGCUACAUUGGAUAAUGCUUGUGAGGAGCUAUUGAAAAUGGUGGAACUUGCAUGGAAAAGUUUAAAUCAUGAGUACCUUAAUCUAAGUGGAACUUUUUCCAAGGAUAUUCUCAUGAGAGUCAUCAACUUUGCCCGUUUUAUGGAAACCGUAUAUGUCAUUCAAGACAAGUAUACCAAUUCAUCUUUGAUAAAAGAUCACAUCUCAAAGCUUUUGGUUGAACCAGUUUCCAUUUGA